AUGGGGCUCAACCUGACACUUGCAAAAUUACCAGAUAAUGAGCUGCCCAGCCAAGGGAGUCACGCUCCAAGUAACUGGAGCUAUGGACCCGGGAAGAACACAACUGUUAACAACGAAUUUGACACUAUCGUCUUGCCUGUGCUUUACCUCGUUAUAUUUGUGGCAAGCAUCUUGCUGAAUGGUCUAGCCGUGUGGAUCUUCUUCCACAUUAGGAAUAAAACCAGCUUCAUAUUUUAUCUCAAAAACAUAGUGGUUGCUGACCUCAUAAUGACGCUAACAUUUCCAUUUCGAAUAGUGCAUGAUGCAGGAUUUGGACCCUGGUACUUCAAGUUUAUCCUCUGCAGAUACACUUCAGUUUUAUUUUAUGCAAACAUGUAUACUUCCAUCAUAUUUCUUGGACUCAUAAGCAUCGAUCGCUAUCUGAAGGUGGUAAAGCCAUUUGGGGACUCUCGCAUGUACAGCAUAACUUUCACGAAGGUCUUAUCUAUUUGUGUUUGGGUGAUCAUGGCUGUUCUGUCCUUGCCAAACAUCAUUCUAACAAAUGGCCAACUAACCAGGGAAAAUAUUCAUGACUGCAUGAAACUUAAAAGUCCCUUGGGAGUCAAAUGGCACGAAGCCGUCAUUUACAUCAACAGCUGCUUGUUCGUGGCUGUGCUGGUGAUCCUGAUUGGAUGUUACAUAGCCAUAUCCAGGUACAUCCAUAAAUCCAGCAGGCAAUUUAUAAGCCAGUCAAGCCGAAAGCGGAAACAUAACCAGAGCAUACGGGUGGUUGUGGCAGUGUUCUUCACCUGCUUUCUACCCUAUCACUUGUGCAGAAUUCCUUUCACUUUCAGUCACUUAGACAGACAUUUAGAUGAAUCUGCACACAAAAUUCUGUAUUACUGCAAAGAAAUGACACUUUUCUUAUCUGCGUGCAAUGUGUGCCUGGAUCCAAUAAUUUACUUUUUCAUGUGUAGGUCAUUCUCAAGAAGGCUAUUCAAGAAAUCAAAUAUCAGAACCAGGAGCGAAAGCAUCAGGUCACUGCAAAGUGUCAGAAGAUCGGAAGUCCGCAUAUAUUAUGAUUACACAGAUGUGUAG